AUGGAAUUAUUUGGAAUGCUGCGUGGUUGGGACUCUUCAAGUCAGGGUCAUGAAGUGCCUGUCGCGGCCUCAAAAACAUCGAACGAGCCUACUUCCGACGAUUUCGAAUAUCAGGAUGAUAUCCUUACAGAGAUUCAAUAUCUUCACCGAGAAAAUCAAAGCCUGAAGGAGAGGGUUGAAAUUGCCGAAGAAACUGCCAAAGUCGCCCAAAGGGCUAAAACAAUUGCGGAAGAAAUGCUUCGACGACAGAACAAGCGGCUAAAAGAGAAGUGCACCACGGCAGAAAAUGCACUCAAAGAUAAUGCGCAGAUUUUACAUAAGCUUUCCGAGCUCCAGAAGUGGACUGAAUGCAUUGACGACGGUGAUGCCAUCGAAGGGAUGCGCAGGCUUUUCCAGAGAUUCGAAGGCUGGGCCAAUAGGCAUUUCAACCAAGCAUCAUCGCAUUCGGCGCAUCUGACAAGCCACACUAGCUGGGAGAGAGCCUUACCUGAUUACAACGGUUCACCUCCGACAGUUCAUGCAAUCCAGGCAGCCAUAUCUGAGCAGAUCUUCAAUGGAAUAUUUUCUCGCUUUAUGGUUGCACCCAGAAAGAUUCUGGGACAAUAUUUUCUCCGAUAUCGACACAGAAGUCUCCAGAUCGUGUAG